AUGGGGACCUCCCCCGAGGUCCUAGCUACCUCGCUCACAGCCGUCAACAUCACCGCGCUGGUUCUCGCCGUGACGAUUACCGCGCUCCGGUGUUAUGUGAGAAUCCGUUUACUCAAAGCCUUUGGACCGGAUGACUGGCUCAUGGUGGCCGCCGUUAUAUUCUUUGCCUUUUACUGCGCUUUUUCGCUCGCUGGGGUGUCGAACGGGACGGGGUAUCAUGUGGACCAGCUCAGUAAGGAGGCGUAUGCGGAAGCCAAGAAGUGGUGGUACUGCUGCUACCCAACCUACGCCAUCACGAUGAUGCUCACCAAGAUGUCGAUGGCGCUCUUCUUCCGCCGGGUGAUCGUCGAACGAAUGCACCACUGGAUCCUCAUGGCGGCCUCGGUGCUCACGAUCCUCACCUGCGUCGUCUUCUUCUUUGCCUGCAUCUUCCAGUGCUGGCCCGUCAGCUUCUGGUGGGACAAGUACAGCCAAGACGGCUACUGUGUGCCGGAUAAGGCAGUGCUGGCGCUGGGGUUUCUGUUUAGCAUCAUUAACAUUGUUACGGACUUUACCUUUGCGCUGAUGCCGGCGUGGAUCUUGUCGCAUCUGAAUAUGCGGAGGAGGGUGAAGGUGACGUUGUAUUUGUUGAUGGGGUUGGGAUGCAUUGCAAGCGCCGCAGUCGUCGCCCGACUCCCCUACCUCCAGUACCUCUCCAGCCCCGAUUUCCUGUACGACACAGUCCCCGUAGCCAUCUGGUCAACCGUCGAGCAGUGCCUAGCCAUCAGCGCCGGCGGGUUAGCCACGCUUCAACCCCUCCUAAAGCAAGCCAGCUUCAAACUCGGUUUUGGUCCCCGUCCAUCCAUCCCGGGACAAUCGCGUUACAAGCAGCAGGACGGCCAGGGGGGCACAGCGGGAUCGAUUGCGGUCAAGAGGUCGUUUGCGCGCACGACAGAGGUCAGGACGUCGGCGCAUGAGAGGGGGGAUCCGAACGAGUUGAGGUUGCAGCCCAUGGUGGGGGAGUACUCGGCUGAGUGUUAUAAUACGAGUGAGGAGUUUCUGCGGCUGCCGUCGCCGGAUGGGAUGAAGAAAUCCAGCGAGGGUCCUUGA